AUGGCCGACUCCUCCACGCCGCACUCCAACGGUUGUGCCGUCGCCGGCGCCGAUGAGGAGAAGCCCUCCGUGCCCCGUUCCCUGGCGCCGCCGCGGAAGGUGGCGCUGGUGACGGGCAUCACGGGGCAGGACGGGAGCUACCUGACGGAGCUGCUCCUGUCCAAGGGGUACGAGGUGCACGGCCUCAUCCGCCGCUCCUCCAACUUCAACACCCAGCGGCUUGACCACAUCUACCACGACCCGCAGGAGAUACCCUCCGCCGCCCGCCCGCCGAUGCUCCUCCACUAUGCCGACCUCUCUGACUCCUCCUCCCUCCGCCGCGCGCUCGACCACGUCCUCCCCGACGAGGUCUACAACCUCGCCGCGCAGUCCCACGUGGCCGUCUCCUUCGAGGUCCCGGGCUACACCGCGGACGUCACAGCCACCGGCGCGCUCCGCCUACUCGAGGCUGUCCGCCUCUCCGCCAAGCCCAUGCGCUACUACCAGGCCGGGUCCUCCGAGAUGUUCGGCUCGACCCCGCCGCCGCAGAGUGAGACCACGCCCUUCUACCCGCGGUCACCCUACGCGGCCGCCAAGGUCGCCGCGCACUGGUACACCGUCAACUACCGCGAGGCCUACGGCCUCUUCGCCUGCAACGGCGUGCUCUUCAACCACGAGUCCCCCCGCCGCGGCGAGAACUUCGUCACCCGCAAGAUCACCCGUGCCGUCGGCCGCAUCAAGGUGGGGCUCCAGGCCAAGGUCUUCCUCGGCAAUCUCUCCGCCGCCAGGGAUUGGGGCUUCGCCGGGGAUUACGUCGAGGCCAUGUGGCUCAUGCUCCAGCAGGACAAGCCUGACGACUAUGUCGUCGCCGCCGAGGAGUGCCACACCGUGGAGGAGUUCUUGCAGGCUGCUUUUGGGUACGCCGGCCUCAACUGGAAGGAUCAUGUGGUCAUUGACAAGAAGUACUUUCGCCCUUCCGAGGUGGACUGCCUUCAGGGAGAUUCAUCCAAGUCGAGGAGAGUGCUUGGGUGGAAGCCCAAGCUUGGCUUCCAGCAGCUAGUGGAGAUGAUGGUAGAUAACGACAUCGAGCUCGCCACGAAGGAGAAGGUCCUUGUGGAUGCUGGGUACCGCGACACCUAGCCUUGGAGGGGAUUAUCUUCCACAAAAUCUUUUACAAAGAUGGUCGUCGUAAGCGAUUUCAUUCACCACCCAAGCUUUCGAGGGAAAGGACCAGAUUGCACUUUUAAAAAUCAAGUCCUUUUUUUUUUGCGGGGAUUUAAAAAUCAAGUCCAGGGGCUUUAUUGCAAAGUUCUUGGGCUUUGUUGUAAUUUUGUUUUCCUAUUUGGUCCAAGGUAGACAAUCAUUCAGUUUGUGUACAUUCGCCCUCAUCUCG